AUGGCACCCAAUUCUUCUGAGGAUUCCACAGAAGUAGAUCAAGCGAACCAUUCUAAGGGUGCGUCCGUACACAAGCCCGACUGGUUAAACCCCGAACUUUUUCAUGAAUUUCUGGAGAAGGACUUACCAAAUUAUGUCAAAGUCAACAAAUUCGAAGUAAAUUCUGCUGUAGCACCUGGUGAGAACUUUUUGACUGUAAUGAUGAGGAUUACAAUGGAAGUUGAAAUGCCCGAUUCCAAUGUUGAAUCCAUAUCCUACAUGUUGAAAGUUAAUCCUAGAACAGAGGAAAUGCAAUAUUUGGUGGGAGAUUGGCAUCUUUUUGAAAAGGAGCAAAUGGUUUACACCAAAUAUCUACCGAAAUUUGAGGAAAUGUUGCAAAACGCUGGAACAAGUGUAAAAUUUGGGCCUCAACUUUUGAUGCCUAGUUGUAAAGAUAUCAAAGAGGCUAUAGUUAUCUUGGAGGAUCUACGUCCGAAAGGUUUCAUCAAUGUUUCUAGGCGUUUGGGCUUGGAUAUGCAACAUACAGAGGCAGUACUUAGGAAAUUGGCUCAGUUUCAUGCAGCUUCAGCACAAUAUGUACAAGAGGAAGAAGAGUUUUCACAUCUCUUUGAUCGCUGUUUGGCAUCCGAGCAGGACAAUGUUGUGGCUUAUCGUCAUAGUAUUGGCAGAGCUUUAAGAGCUAACCUGGCAUUGUAUGGAGAUGCUCAGUAUUUGGAGGAAAAGUUGAAAACAUAUGUGGAUAAUCAAUUUGAAGCCUACCUGUUGAAGACAGAGCGAAAUCCUGAAGAAUUUCAUGUCUUGAAUCAUGGUGAUCUUUGGGUGAACAACAUUAUGUUUCAGCACAAUGAAGCCGGCUCAAUAAAUGAGACAUAUUUCAUUGAUUAUCAAAUGAGUCGAUAUGGUCCACCAGCUCAUGAUUUAUUAUAUUUCCUAAUUUCGUCAACACAUAUGGAAAUAAAAUUGAAAGAAUUUGACUACUUCAUUGCUUUCUAUCACAAACAUCUCUCCGAAAAUCUUAAACUAUUGGGUUACCAAGGAAAAAUUCCCAAACUGAGAGAUAUUCACAUUUCCCUAUUCAAACAUGGCUAUUGGGCGUAUGCCAUUAUUACAAACCUGCUGACCAUAGUGCUUUGUGAUCCUCGCGAGGAUGUCAACAUUGAUCAUGUCUUAAGUGCAAACGACGGGGAUGAUGUUCGAAUGGCUAUGUUCAGCAGUCAAGGAUAUGUUGAUUGCAUGCGGGAACUGUUACCCUGGUUGGAUAAUCGUGGUGCUUUUGAAUUGUAGA